AUGAAUAAAAUUGGCGUCUUAAAAAACUCUUUUAUUGGUUUUUCGCUAGAAGAAAAACUACAAAUUAAAGAAUUAGGCCGGCCAAUUCCCGAUUUAAAAAUUGAAAAACAAAGUGGAAAUGGGAAAAAAUCGCGGUGUCGUAAAUUUAAUAAAACUAUUUAUGAUAAAAAUAAUUGGUUGUGUGGUUGCGAAGAAACUAAUAAACUGUUUUGUUUUGUAUGUGUUUUGUUUGGAGGUGACGAGACUUGGUCAAAAAAAGGCACAGACGAUCUUGUCCAUAUAUGGGAUAAAAUGAAAUCUCAUGAAAAAUCCAAAGUGCACAUGAAUAAUGUUUUUAGCUUUUCCAUGCUUGGUAAGUUAAAUAUAAAAACCCAGUUAAAUUCGGCUUAUCGUGAUGCUCUAAUUAAACAUAAUCAACAAGUGGAUAAGAAUCGAUAUGUUUUAAAUCAAAUUAUAAAUUGUAUAAGGUUUUGUGGAGCUUUUGAGUUAGCUUUAAGGGGUCACGAUGAGAAAGAUAAUUCAGAAAAUAGAGGCAUAUUUAGGGAGCUGGUGAAUUUUAGCGCCGAAUUAGACAACGACUUAAAGGUUCAUAUUCAAAGUUCAAAAGCUUUCAAAGGUACCUCAAAAACAACCCAAAAUGAACUUCUUGAGUGCAUGUUAGAUGUUUAUCACGAAGAAGUUAGGAAAGAAAUAGAAAAUUCUCCUUUUGUUGCAGUGAUUGCCGAUGAAACGACGGACGUUGCUUGUGACUUUCAAUUAGUUAUAGUUUUGAGAUAUUUGUGCAAAGGACGACCAGUUGAGAGAUUUUGGAGGUUUUACGUGCUCGAAGGACACGAUGCCAAAUCAAUCGCUGAAUGCAUUUUAAAUGUUUUACAUCCAUUAUUAAAACAUAGUCCAAAUAAAUUAAUUGCUCAAAGCUAUGACGGCGCGUCUAUAAUGAGUGUUGGAUUAAAUGGUGUGCAAAAAAUUAUUAAACAAACAUAUCCUCUUGCAAAUUACGUUCAUUGCUAUGCACACCAGAUGAAUUCAGUUAUGACAAGUGCAUGUUCUGUCAAUAAGCAGGCUAGAAUAUUUUUUUCUAAUUUAUCUGGUUUGUGCUCUUUCUUUUCCACGUCUCCUCAUAGAACAAAAAUUUUGGAUGAGGUAGUUAAUCGCAGGUUGCCAAGAUCUUCCCAAACGCGUUGGAAUUUUCAAUCGCGAGGUGUUCAUACUGUUUAUGAGAAUAGAAAAGACCUCAUUACAGUUGUGGACAUUAUAGAAAGUACUUCAUGUGAUUCGUCUUCCAUUAAUCAAGCAAGUGGGUACAAAUUAAAACUUCAAGAUACAAAUUUUAUAUUUUGGUUAGGUAUUUUUCAUCAAAUAAUGCCUUACGUGGAAAUUAUUUUUAACCAAUUACAAAAAGUAUGCACAGAUUCUGUUAAGGUCAAGAAAGAUUUGGAGAAUUUCGAAGCAACAAUUCAAGGUAUACGGGAGCAAAUGGACAGCAUUAUUGACAAUAUUCAAGGAGAAAUAAACAUGUCGCAAGGAAAAACUGAUGAACCAAUAAUAAAAAAGGAACGAAUUGAAGGGAACAGCAGAAAGUGCGAAGCCUUAGAAAUAUGCGAUGCCGUUUUAUUGCAAAUAAAAACAAGGUUCAACUUCUCUGGGCAUUUGGUCGCUUCUAAUUUAUUUAUGUCGGAGAAGUUUUCGGUUUAUAGGCAUCAGUUUCCCGAAUCAUUCCUCAAUGAAACAUGUAUACAAUUUUCAUUUUUAGACAAAAGUAUGCUUAAAAAUGAAUUACAAGUAUUGUAUCAGAGAGACGAAUUAAGUAACAUCUCCGGAGCUGUCCCGCUGUCAAUUUUAUUAAAUGAGGUAGGUUUAAAUUGUACAUUUCACGAAACUCUUAAACUUUUAGGUAUUUUGAUAACAAUACCUAUGUCAACAUCUGAAGCAGAGCGCUGUUUUUCAAUGUUUAAACGGAUUAAAACAUUCCUCAGAAAUACAAUGAAGGAAGAAAGGCUUAGUGCUUUAGGUAUGAUGUCCACAGAAAAACAUUUUUUAAAUGGAAUUGAAAAUUUUAAUAAUAAAGUCAUCGAAAACUUUGCAACCAAAAAAGAAAGAAGAAUGGACUUCAAUUAUCGGAAACUUUAA